AAAAAGACGCUUCGUCUUCGCCUCUGUUUUCGUGCCGUUCUCUCCGUAGAGAUUUGGCAUGUACGUCGUUUCACUCUAAAGAAAUCGCAUCCGUCGUUGUUUUGAGGAACGGAAAUAACAUAAAAAGGACUUAACCGUCGUCUUCGCCUUCACACCUCCGGGAGAGUUUGAUUUGAGUCGGCAACGAUGGCAUUAUCACAGUGGAAGGAAGCUAUCCUCGAAGGAAUUUUCACGGAGAUCGAGCAAGGACUCGUGGAGGAGAAGAAUCUCGAACGGUUAGAGAAUCUAGUGGAGAUUCUCCACAAAGAAGGCUCUAAAGUCCCCCAAUCAGUGAAGGAAUCGUACUGUCAAGUCGCCGUAGAAUGUACAGCGAGGUGUCUCACCAACGAGAGAGACGCAAAAGAGGCUUACACUGAAGCAAUCAGAUCGAUUUGGCUCCGUCGGGUUAUGCCGUUAUGCGAUAAGGUCAGUUGCUUGGUUACUCGUGACCUCUUGAACAGCUGUAAAAGAUUAUGGAGGGCUCAUGGUGACGAUAAGGCUCGUGAGGCCUUGAUGGAUGAGACUACGAGAGAGAAAGCUUUGGCUUCUUUGAGGAAAGUUGUUUCUGAGCUGCACCCUAACAUUGAUUGUGCCUAUGGUGAGAGAGAUGAAUCUGAAGAGACUAGUAAAGAAACAGGAGAGACAGAGCCAAUGGAGGAAGACGAAGGGAGACUCUCAGAUAUUGAAGAGGAAGGAGCUUGUGGUGAGUUAGAAGCUGCAUCUCCGCCACGGAGGAUGAAGACCAUUUCCUCUGCAGUUGUUGCCAAGGCGCUUGAAGAGCUUAGAGCUUCUAAAAUCGACCUGAUGAAUGCCUUGGCAGAAGCAGGAGGACCUUCAAAUUGGAAGGUUGCUUCGACUACACAACAAGAGAAUGUUGUUGCUGGUCCUCCUGCAGCAAACAAGCCUAGCUUGAUGGAGAGAAGAGCCACAGCACAGACUUGUGAGUGGGAAGACUCAAUUGAUGAUGAUUCAGAUGGAGAAAAUGGUGAAGCGGAUAAUGAACCAAGAGGUAAAAGGAUUGUGGUGUCUCCUUGGAAAAGAAACCUUGUUGGUGGUAGAAGGCCGAAGAUUCCUUGGAGUACUGCAGAAACGCUGGCCGUUAUGAAAGGCUAUGAGAAGUAUGGUGCAAACUGGAAGCGGAUCAAAGAUGAGUGUGAUAUUCUAGUGCGCAGAACUAAUGGUGAUAUUAAAGAUAAACAUCGAGUUGAGAUGAGGCGUCUAGAGCGCCAUCCUUUGAGUAGGAACUGAGAAAAGACAUCAGACCUCUUUUGCGUUGACGAUUAACAAAAUGCUGAACAAAGAUAUGUUGUGGCAUCUAUGGAUGGGUAACAUUUUGUCGCCUUGUCUUUAAACCCUUGAGAAUUUGUACAUAUGAUGAUGAUAAUAUCUAGUGACUCUGCUUGUUUAAGUAAACUAGGUUCCUUGAUCAAUCUAGGAGUUCAUUUCGGUUUUUA